GUGCUCUAACUCUGAGCUACACCAGUCUCACUGCACACAUAUUCUCCCUCCGGUUGUUAUGGAUAAAUGUGGAGCGUCUGUUGAUCAUUUCGACUUCAACACGUGUGCUUUAACAUCUGUGCUGCUCUGCUGGAGGCUGUGAGCUCUGCGCGCUGCGACCGAUCCGUUCUGGAGCCGCCAGCAGUGCGCUUCAUCUGGACACACGAUCUGCAGGACUGGCCGCGUCGUUUUCUGCAACUUUGCUACGUUUUUUUUUAGUUUAACACCAGGGUUUCUUCCUCUGACGUGCAUUUGGAGCUGUUCACACUGUUUGACAUGGGGGGCAGAGAGCAGGUAUGCUGUCGCUCCGUGGAAGUUUAGCCCUGCGCCCGCAAACCUAAACUCUCACAUUUUGCAUUUUUAUUGUUGUGCUUUAACUGAACACUGCGGGAGGUUUUUUUUUUUUUAUAUAACGCCAGAGGGAAAUGGCCAACGAGAGGAAACCACGGCUUUGUGUCAUGGCAAAAGCGGAGAACGGGUAUGGAUUUCAUUUGCAUGGCGAGAAAGGAAAGAGCGGACAGUACAUCCGCAAAGUGGAGCCUGGAUCUCCUGCAGAAGCGUCGGGGCUGCGCGCAGGGGACCGAGUGGUGGCGGUGAACGGGGUCAACGUGGAGAAGGAGACGCACCACCAGGUGGUGCAGCGGAUCAAAGCCAUGGACAAUGAGACCAGGUUGCUGGUGGUGGACAAUGAGACACAUGAGAGUCUGCGUAGCCUCCGCCUCACGGCCACGGAGGAGAUGGCCGUCUUGGGGACGGGGCCUCCUUCCUCCUCCUCCUCUCCCCAAGCCUCCCCAUCCCCUGCGUCGUCUUCGGUCCCGUCGUCUCCGAGCAAGAAGCGGGAGAACGGCUCUGUGUCCAAGCAGCCGGUCGCACUGAGCAGCCAGGUGCAGAAACCCACCCGGAGGUCUCCGUCAAAGGCUGCAAAGAAGGAGGCUCUUGCUCAUACAGAAGCCCAGCCCCAGCCCCGACCCAACCUCAACCCGUCUGAGCUCGUUCCUCGUCUUUGCCACCUGAUGCGGUCCGACACGGGCUACGGCUUCAACCUCCACAGUGACCGAUCCCGGCCCGGACAGUACAUCCGCUCCCUGGACCCUGGAUCAGCUGCAGACCACGCCGGGCUCCGGCCGCAAGACAGACUGGUUGAGGUGAACGGUGUGAACAUCGAGGGCAUGCGGCAUGCGGAGGUGGUGUCCUUCAUAAAGAAAGGUGGAGACGAGACGUGGCUGCUGGUGGUGGACCCAGAAACAGACCAACACUUCAAGAGCAGGGGGGUGGUCCCCUCAGUGCACCACCUCACAGACUACGACGGUCCCUCCAUCUCCAACGGCUCCACCAGCCGUCAGAUCAACGGCAGCUCCACCACCCAGUCCAUCCGCUCCACACACUCCGACCUCAGCAGCCACGGCAACAGCACACAGCUGGCGGAUGAUGACGGCGGGCGGCUGAUGGACCCGUUCGCUGAGAUGGGUCUGACUCUGAGCGCUACGGCAGCAGAAGAAAAGCUGAAGGUUCACUCCAAAGAGAAGAAAAAGGCGCCGCAGAUGGACUGGAUGAAGAAAUACGAGCUGUUCAGCAACUUCUGAGACUUUUUCCCCUUCAGAGGACGCUACGAACAGAGACAUGAACUCUAAAGAAAGAACCAAGAUCCUUUUACAACAGAAGAUAAUCUGUUCCUGGAAUUAAAUGUGACAAAAGGAAAACUAUGGAUUUUACUUUUUAUUCCUCUUCAGAGACCCUUUACCAGCUUCUUUUCCCUCCUACAAGGAAAACAUGAAGAAAGUGCUUAUUGGCUGCAAAAGCUGUUGCUAAAACCACAAAGUUCUGCAGGAAGAGCACCUUAAAACUUGUGUCAGGUGGGAAAGUUUCACAUUAACCAUUAAAAUCCUUUUUGGCUUUAACCCUUUCAAUCUCUCCGCUCUUACAGACUUGUUUCAAAUAAAGGAGAGAGACAGUUAUUUUUGUAUUUAAAAAGUAUAAUAAACAACUAUUAUAAAAAAAAACAGUAUCCCAUCACCAUGGACUGCAUUUUAAAGCGUUUUAUGGACACUGUGACAUUAUUGAUUGUGGACAUUUUGGGAGUUUUGGCCCAUCGGCCAAAGACGGCAGAAGAUCACUGUGAAGGAGUCGAGACCCUCCACCAACAGCCCACCCUGCAGAAAAAACUGAUAGAAACCAGAUCAAACAGUAAAUCUG